AUGAAUAUUGAUCUAGUUUUCCCUUCCCUCAAGACAGCAGCAAUCAUCGAAGAAGUUUGUUUUUCUCUAAAUAAAUAUAAUUUUGAUGAAAAACUACAAUUUCUCAAAUCAUUACCUAAUUUAGAUUCGUUAUUUCUUGUUACAACAAUAUCUCAAGUAUCAGCAUGCAAGCCAUAUAACUAUAAACUAUAUGCUGAUUUAAUUUCAGCUCUAAACAUAUCAAUAAUCGAAUUUCCACCAACGAAAUUUUCAGAUUAUCUUAAAAAACGUGGUAUUCUUAAAAACUAUCGUCCACUACAAGAUUUACCCAUCGAAAAAUAUGAGAAUAUUUUUGAUUUGGACACUAUUGGAGACAUAAUUUUAAAGGAUGAUUCAGAAUCUCUAUUAAAACAAAAAUCCAAAGUUAAUUUGAAAGAAGAACUUAUUGAGUAUGAUCUAUAUGAGUUAACGUUAUUAGAUUUGGCCGCUUUUUUAGGCUCAGAAAAAUGUUUCCAUUAUUUACUUCAAAAUGGCUGUGAAAUUACAGAAGAUACUCCAUAUUUAGCUGUUAAAGGCGGAAAUGCUAAUAUUAUUGCUACUCUUAAGUCCAAAAACGUUUCAAUUCAAGAUUGUUUAAUUUGUGCAAUACAAAGUCAUAAUAAUGAAGUUACCAAUGAGUUAUUACAAAGCAAAGUAGUUGAUGAUGAAUUUACGCUAGAACUCUCCAUCCAUUCUUAUAAUACAAUUUCAUUUUGUUAUUUGUUGCAAAAAGGACAUAAAAUUACGACAGAAGUGCUUGAAGAGGCAUGUCAUUUAGGUCACAUAGAAAUUGUUAGAUAUAUUUUGCAGAAUUCCAAAGUUGAAUAUGGAAAAUCUUUGUUUUUUGCAGCAGAAAACGGAUUUCUUAACAUUAUUGAAGAAUUUCUUAAGAAUGGUGCAGAUAUUCAAUGUAGAAAUAAUAUGGAAGAUACCUUAUUACAUAAGGCAGCAGAGAAUGGAUUUCUUGAAUUAAGUAAAUUCUUGGUAGAACAUGGAAUAGAUCCGAAAUCAAACAAUGCAUAUACAGUAACUCCUCUUGAUAAAGCAAAGGAAAACAGACACUUCCAAGUAAUCAAAUUCCUUUAUCCAUUCUAUAAAUAA